CAAAUCAGUUGACUAGAGUCUUCCUGCCCUAAACUCUAUCAUCAUCUUCUUUAGUUAAAUGUUAUAACUUAGCUUGCAGCAACUCGGCGCAAAGAACACAACAAUAAAUUGCAGGGGUAGGCGACGCAAAUCCUUAGAAUUCCAUGGCGCGGAUGCAGCUCUUUCUUCUACACUUUCUGGAAAUAGUAGUAGCAGAGACAUUCUUUCUACUUGGCCGAUCUUCCCCUGGAAAUACAAUGAUGGGCUCACUUAUUAAGAACCAGACAUUGAUCUCGGCGGGGAGUGUGUUCCAACUCGGCUUCUUCAGUCCAGUUAACGAUUCUGCUACUGCAUACAUAAGAAUUUGGUACUACAAUCACCCACCAACAGAAAACAAAAUAGUAGUAUGGGUCGCCAAUAGGAACAGAUCUGUCAACACAUCCAUGGCAUCGUUGAACCUCACUUCCGACGGAAAUCUCAUCUUAUUUGAGGAAGGAACAAAGGUUUGGUCGACGGGAACAUCCGCAGAACUCAAUUCCGCACGCUUGCAGCUUUUAGACUCAGGAAACCUCGCGCUGACUGCCGGCAACUCUAACAGAAUUCUAUGGCAGAGCUUCGACCAUGAGGGUGACACUUUUCUCCCUGGCAUGAAGCUGGGAUUCGACUUCCGGACCAACACUCCGUGGCAGAUCGUGUCAUGGAUGAGUGCCACGGACCCUUCUCCGGGCAAGUACAUCCUCAGGAUGGAGACGUUUAAUGUUCCGGAUUUUUUCAUGGUGAAUGUGAAUGAGAAUGAAUCCGUCAAACUCUUCCGCACUGGGCCAUGGAACGGGCAAUGGUUCGUCGGCCUUCCAAUGCUGGGGAACAGCAUCGCGAUGUACGUAAACUUCGCUUACGUGUCCAACCAGAAUGAGACCUACUUCAUCGCUGAAUAUCAGACUCGAUCUCCAGGGCUAUUGCGGCUGGAAGUGGACGCCAACGGAAAUACCCAGCUUUUGAUUUUUGGUGGGGGAGAGUGGAAUAAUUCUUUGUUAUGGCUUCUGGACGACGACUGCGAUAACUACAAUCGUUGUGGCCGCAACAGUGUUUGCACCAUGGGCUACGUCUCAAUCUCCUGUCGUUGCUUGGAAGGGUUUGAGAACAAAAGCGUCGACGAGUGCGCGAGGAAGGAACCCUUAAGUUGCUCGUCGAACCAGUUUUCGAAGGAGCCGAACAUGAAACUGCCCGACACUGAGAAUGCAACCUCACGAGGCAACAUUAGUCUGGAUAAGUGCAAGAAAUUGUGCUUGGACGAUUGCUUCUGCGUCGCGUAUGCGGUGAUCAAUGGGCCUUUUGGGUGCAUAACUUGGCACGGUGAGCUGUUGGAUCUCAGAAAUUUUACCGACGGAGGAGACGAUUUGUACAUUCGGCUUCCAGGAUCAUCAACGUCAAAAAAUUGGAAGAAGCUCGUGUGGGUCAUAAUCAUUUCGAUGUUGCUGGGAAUUUUUUUGCUGUGCGGUGUAGGUGUACUCCUUAGGAGGAGAAGAAACAGAGCAUUGCGAUUUCCAAAUGUGGAGAAAGGUUCGAUUAGCGCAUUGGAUGUACUUUCUUCAUAUGAUUUGCAUACUAUAAAAGUUGCAACAAAUGAUUUUUCUGAAGAAAACAAACUCGGGGAAGGGGGAUUUGGUGUUGUUUAUAAGGGUGAAUUGGAUGAUGGACAGAAGAUUGCUGUCAAAAAAUUAUCAAGAUACUCCUCACAAGGUCCAAAUGAGUUUCAGAAUGAACUUUCCGUGAUAGCUAAGUUACAACAUAGAAACCUUGUUCGUCUUUUAGGCUCCUGUAUUGAAGGAGAUGAGCGACUUAUGAUACUCGAAUACAUGGAAAAUAAGAGCCUUGAUACUUUUAUUUAUGAUAAAGCUAAAAGUUCAUUACUAAAUUGGCAAAGACGUGUCGAUAUUAUAAUUGGGAUUGCUAGAGGACUUCUAUACUUGCAUCAAGACUCUAGAUUGAGAGUCAUUCACCGUGAUCUUAAGCCGAGUAAUAUUCUCCUUGACAAGGAUAUGAAUCCAAAGAUUUCAGAUUUUGGCAUUGCAAGGAUAUUUGAAGGAGACAAUGCUCUUGAGGAUGCAACAACGAGACCGAUCGGAACAUUUGGUUACAUGGCGCCUGAGUACUUAUCACAUGGAGUUUUUUCAUUCAAGUCAGAUGUAUUUAGUUUUGGUAUGAUAGUACUAGAAAUUAUAAGUGGAAAGAAGAAUAAAGUGUUUAGUCAAACUAGUCAAAGUGCUACCAACUUAAAUCUUGUAGGAUAUGUGAAUAAACUUUGGAAGGAAGGAAGAUCUUUAGAAAUUCUUGAUGAUGCAUUAAAUCAAUCAUAUCCAGCAGAAGAAGUUUUACGUUGUAUCCAAAUGAGUCUUCUAUGUGUACAAGAUAAUAGUAACUACAGGCCAACAAUGACAGAAGUGAUGGCGAUGUUAAUAAGCGAGGAGCAACUCUUUACUCCAGUUAUGCAACCUGCUAUAACGUCAACUAGCAGCGAAGGUGGUUUCACUGCCAAUGAAAUGAGCUUCACACUUGUAGGUCAAUGAAAUACGGAUUUAGUUUUUAUCUUUUCAAUAUUUGGCAUCAUCAGAGUCCUGGAUCACUUUGUUAAGUUUACUAUAAAGCAAUACUGCAAUGACUAUUUUUGCAAA